GGGGCGGACCCGAGUUGACUUAAACUCCGGGGCCGAAAGGCGCUGCGUUUUCCCGGCUCGCUCCGGUUGGGUCCAGCUCUGGUAGGACCAAAGAAGUAAACACUGUGUGGAGUGGUACUGACAAGUUUGGAGGAAAAUGGUAACAUAUACAGUAAUAAAGGAGUGAUAUAUUUAAAGGUUUUACUGGAUCCAACAUAUGAAUCUGAAAGUUUUAAAGACUUGAAACACUGUCUUUGAGCUCUGCUGUCUGCUUUGGCAUUGACUUCAUUCUCAGGCACACAUCCCUUCAUUGGAUAGCCCUAAUAUCUCCAGAUCAGUUUUUCAAUGAAAAAUACUAGUUUUCCUCAAUUUAACCACAUCAGGGGACUCUCCAAAGAAACAGAAGCAGAAUGAAAGCCAUAAGGAAAAGUUCCAAUUUAAAAUACCAGAACAGAUACAAGUGUUUUUGAGAUAACUUUGGCUACUCCUGUGCAGAGAAGUUCUUAAGUUCAGCCUUUGUUGGAAUUUGUUAGAUUCCUGGCAUUCAAAACAGUUGGCUUUUAACACACUGAUACUGCAUCAACUUGACAAUGAAUUGGAAUGCAAAACCAGAGAGUGUCACCUUACCACCACAGUAUCCUAAAAAACAGGCAUCUUUUUUGGAGCAAGGUUUAGUAAAUACACUUACCACAACAUCUCAAAGUUCUUUCCAUCCUGGAAGUAACCAAGAACCAUGCCUAUUUCUCAGUAAUACACAUCCAGUUUCACAGCCGCUGCUCAACAUCAGGAAUCAUAAGACUCCUCCACAAAUCCCUAUUUCUGAUUUCCAUAGUGGGACCAUUGUGACCUCACAAACUUCAGUAGAAAGAAUAACAUAUGCAAAUGUUAAAGGACCCAAACAACUAAGUCACGAUUUGCAGAUUUCUUCAGGAGUUACACAAGAUGUAUGGUUGAACUCACCAGUGGGGAAUUCUACGCUUUCUCAUACAGGGGGAACUGUAUCUCAUCAAACUGGUUUUGGAACGAAUAUACCCAAUGUGCAUGCACUACAGAAUCAGUUUCUAACAUCAGAUAGCUAUUCUAUGCAACUACAUGUGAUCCCUUCUAAUUCUGGAAGAGUUCCUAUAACUUAUCAAGGAAACCCCAGACUUAACCUACCUUUGUCAGAGCAACAGGUUGAUUGGGCACCUCAGCGUGCAUCCAGUGGACUGACUUACCAAGAUUACAGACCACUUCCAAAGCAGUACAAUUACUCAUCACGAAGCUUUUUGCAGGACACUACUGUUCAGAAACAAAACCCUAUGUCAUCUGUAUCAUUCCAAGUUAAAAAUAAUCAAUCUCCAAAUCCUGCACUGACAUUUAAGUCAAAGCAGAUUGCAGCUGUACCAUCAUAUCAAUAUGCAGUUACUCAAACUGACAAAAGACCUCCUCCUCCUCAUGACUGUAGAUAUGCAAGCCAGUCUUUGCAAAGUACUCCAUGUGUUGUUAAACAAUCCUCAAUGGAAGUUCCUCAGAGUCAAGAAAUGCACUUACCUGAAAUGAGGAAAGACUUUUGCAGAGACUUUCAACAGCAGUGGCAAAACCUUAAUGGAAAUUUCAGUAUGAUGGGAAGUUCCUGUAACUUGAAAGUAAAUACCAGUGUCACUCAUCCUUUUAAUGAACCUGUUAGAUCAUCUGUGACUGGUGCUCAGGCUCUUGCUCAAAAUAAUCAGGAGAGAAGAGUGGAUUCUCAAAAUCUAACUUCAAGUCAAGUACUGGACACAAGUGCCACAAAAGAAAAGUUAGUGAGGGAUAUUAAAACAUUAGUAGAAAUAAAAAAGAAGUUUUCAGACCUUGCAAGGAAAAUUAAAAUUAAUAAAAAUCUCUUGAUGGCAGCAGGUUGUAUUAAAACACCUAAUACCUCUUAUAGUGAAUCAGCUCAAAAUUCUGGAUUGUCUCUGAAACAAACUGCCAAAAUCCAGUCUGGACCACAACUAACCCUAGUCACACCAGAGACUGUGGAGGAUAAACCACCAACAGUAAUGGAAUCUGCAGAAGAAACUAAUAGAAAACAUAGCGUGUUGAGUUCCAGCCUUCAGGACAGAAAUUUUAACCAAGUCAGUUCUGUUUUACUAAAUUCUGCCUGUUCAGAAAAGUUGCCAAUACCAGAACAAGUCCAUGAUUUGGAAGUUGUGACUCCUUUAAAAACAUCAACUGUUGAGGUAACUCAGGCACCAUUAAAGAACACGCAGUUUUCAUCAGGAAAUUUUGCCAGCAUUGCACAAAAUGUGCCAACAAAUUCUGAAAUAAACUUUCUUCCUCAUUCUACAUCAUCUGAGGAAUAUAUUUCAAAAUACCCAAAUAAAAAUAGGCUAAUUCUCAGUUUACUUACUUCUGGAGAUAAAUCUCAGAAGAAAUUAUUAAAAGAUACUAGUGAACGUAUUCAUGAUUCUAAACAGCAUAAUUUUGAAAUGAAUCCAAAUACUGAAAACAUUGGUAACCAACUGAAAACCAUGGAAAUUGUAAAUCCUCCAGGGACUUGUAAUACAAAUGCCAAAAUUGCAGACACUUCUUGCUUUGAGUGUAAAUCCUUUAAUGGGGUGUCUUCUAACAGUGACUCUAACUUUUCCAUGGAGUUGCUAGCAACAUGUCUGUCUUUGUGGAAAAAGCAACCUUCAGAACCUAACAAAGAAAAACAGGGUAAUGAGUCAAAAACAAACACAACAGCCAUUGCAGUUUCAAAGCCCGCGCCCAUAUGUGAGAGUAGUCCAUUUUCACCUGUGGGAAAUUCUCAGAAUAAGAUAAUAAACAGCUCACAAGAAACUGUUUCAUCAGUAGUAGCACAAAAUUAUGAGUCUUCAGGAACAACUACUACAAAAGGGAUUGCUGUAGUAUCACCCUUAAUUCUUUCAGAUGUCAAUACACUGUCUGUCAAAGAUACAGCAUCUGAAGCUUUACCUGAAACAGCAUAUCCAGUUAUUAAAGAAGGCAGUGUUUGUAGCUUACAAAAUAAAUUGACGGAAAAUACUGCUGCUUUGAAGAUUAAUGAACCAGUAACAAGUACUACAGGCAUCACGAUUUUCCCACUAAUUGAGGACAAGCAAAGUGAGUCAACUAAUGCUAGUUCAGAAGGCAUACCUAAUACCAAUCAAGGAAAGCACAAUGAAUCAGAACCAGAUAUCCAGUGUCCUGUGAGUGAUCAGCAAGCCUCAUAUAUAUCAAAGGACAGUAGUAGUGUGGACAGUGAUGUAUUACAGAUUGGCAGUAUUUGUUCUCUUGUUGAAGGUGAUACCUCUUAUGAUUCCCAAAUAGCAGAAAUAUUCAACUUGCUCCCUUUGCAAAAAGUUGAGCCACAGAAACCUCUACCCAAUCACCAAAUGAUGAAUAGUGGACAACAAAAUGAACGUUUAGACAGCAUCACUGAAAAUAAAGACUUUGACUUUAAAAAAGAUGAAUUUGUGCAGUGCACAGAUGUUUCAAAUAAAAUAACAGAUCAGUCGGAAUCACUGCAACCUCCAGCACUGGCACGUUUGAAGUGUGUUGAAGUAAAGAGUGGAAUUCUAGAGGAAAGCCGUUUAGAGCAUAUCACUGAAAAUGAAAGCAUGGCAAAUGAUACGUGUUCAUCAGCUGCUAUUCAGCAGGAUAGUUACCCUCAGGAAGCUGAUUUGUCCUGCAGUUACACUGAACAGGAUCCUACAACAGAUGAAAGUCUCCGUGAUAAGACAUCUAUCUUAUACCUACAUGAUCAGCUGUCAGAACUUUUAAAAGAGUUUCCCUAUGGUAUCGAACCUGUGAACAUGCAUGAAAGUUCUGUGGUACAGCAGAUGGCAGACCAAAUCUCAGAAGCUCAAACUUGUGGUAAAACUGAUUGUAACUCCAGAGGUUCAACAGACCAGAUACAGAUUACAGUAUUAAACACAGAUCAGAUGAAAGAAUUGUUUCCUGAACAGGAUGAUCAAGCCAGUGAGGUAGACAAAUUGACAGAACCUCAGAAAGAAAAGCCUAUAACAAAGGAAGAGAAACAGUGUGACCCACAGGCAUGCAGAAUUGAAGAACAUUGUGAUUCUGUACCAUUGGAUUCGGAAAAAGAUGAUGUCCGCUGCUGUGCGUUGGGGUGGCUCUCUAUGGUCUAUGAGGGAGUACCUCAAUGUCAGUGUAAUUCCAUUAAGAAGUCAACUUCAAAAGAAAAAAAACAGACAAAUCCAUGUUCUCCUUCAGAGGCCAAGAGUUAUAAACAAGGAGAGAGAACCUCGGACAGAGAUGUUCCUGUUGCAUUUAACAGUCCUCCAAAUAAUCCUCCAAAGAUUCCUCUGACUUGUCCAGUUGAGAAAAAACAUUUUCCUGAAACAAAGCAAAGCAGCAAUAUAAAAGAUAAAUCCAAAACAGAAUGUAACAGUUCACUAAGGACAGAGCAAGAAUUAUCUGGUCAACCUUUAUGUAAAGGUGAUAAAAAAAUGGAUUCUUUGCAGAGUCACAAAAGAAAGAGAAAGCUGCAAUUUCAUGAGGUAGCUUUUCAUUCUGCUAAUAAAAUUGCAAAAUUUUCUCAGGAGAGCCUGCAGAGGAAGUUUAUGGCACAAAAUGUACGGCCACUAAAACCAAAGAUGAGUGUUUUGACAAGCAAAACUAAAGAUUUGAAUAUGAAGAAUGGUUCUUUGGUACAAUCAGUAUCACCAGAAAAGAGAAAAUUGAAAUCAGGUGGCUCUAAACAAAAGUCUUUGGAAGAAAGGAAGUUAGAUGAACGGAUCGUACUUGAUUCAGAGAUAAAGAGGAAGAAACAUGAUAAACAAGAGCAGAAUAAAAAUGUGGCAGGUGGUGCAUUUAAAUUCUGUAAUUUUUCAACUCCAAGUGAAAGAGCUUGGAUUAAAGAAAAGACAGUAUCAAAUGUUAAAUCCUCGGGCUCUAAGGAUAGCUCAUCUAAAAUUAACAGAGUUCUAUCACCAAAGGAGUAUUUAUCAAGGCAGAAGCAUAAGGAAGCAUUAAAGAAAAACUAUCUGAAAAACAGUGAUUCUCAGCAUAUGAGGCCCAGUAAACUUUCUGUGCAGGUGGAAAGUUGUGGGAAAUCAAGUGAGAGACCCCAUGGCAGUGUACAGACCUGUAAGGAAUCAUUAAAUAUUGGUUCAGGCCAUGGUAAAAGCAUCAAAACCCAUCAUUCCAAAGAGUCUAAAACAUAUAUUUCAAGUAAUAUUAAAGGAACAGUUGGUGGAAAGCAGUCUGAUAAAAUGUGGAUUGAUAGAACCAAGCUAGACAAAAAUUUAAAUAAUGAAGGUGAAUUAAGCCAAAUGUCUUCCCAAACAAAGGAUCAAAGGAAGCUGUAUCUGAACAGAGUUGCAUUUAAAUGCACUGAACGUGAGCGCAUUUGUCUCACAAAAUUAGACAAUUCACCCAGGAAGCUUAAAGAAAAGAGACCAGAAAGUAAAUCUAAGAACCUAUUACCUGUGAAAGAUAGCACAGAAAAACUAAGCAUGCUGGAGUUUAAAUUAUGUCCAGAUGGAGUGUUUAAGAAUACAAACACUGUUGAAGACCAGAAGGAUCUGCAGCACACAUCCAGGAAGGAGCAAGCCCCUCUGCAAGUUUCAGGAAUAAAAAGUACAAAAGAAGACUGGUUAAAACGUGUGACUGAGGAGAAAAGGAUGCCGGAAGCCAACCAAGAAAUAGAUGAUAAUGUUUUGGCUAAUUCAAGGCUCUCCAAGAGAAACUGCAGUGCAGAUGGAUUUGACAUACUACAAAACCCAGUAAAAGAUUCAAAAGCAAUGUUUCAAACCUACAAAAAGCUGUACAUGGAGAAGCGAAGCAGAAGUCUGGGUAGCAGUCCUGUAGAAUAAUUUUGAGACUUCAAUUCUUCUGGUGGUUCUGUCUAAUUACCACCAGAAAGUUUCUGUUAAAUAUUUUUCUGGAGAGGCUCAAGAUUGCCAUGAUAAAAUUUCUGAGUCUGGUUACCCCUAAGGUUAUACAUAUCAUUGAAAUUAAUUAAAUUGGCUUAAGAACCUUAUUUUGUGGGUAGCAGACAUAAGAAAUAGGGUAUUUGUCAAGGAAACCAUAAGCUGUUGAAUUCUGACAUUGAACCAAGUGUACCAUUAUUUUAAAAGAAAUUUUUAUACAGAUCUUGUUUUGAAAUGCUAACUAUCCAUCGUAAGGGAGAUUUGUUCCUUAUUUAAGGACUAGUUUAUUUCCUCUGGGACUGUAUUUUUGUUUCUAAAACUUUUUAGCAAAAGUUAUUUUUUCAGAAAUGCUCACUGUGAAUGUCGAAGUAUAUUCUUUAGUGUUUUAUACUGAAUUGUUAACUUUUUGUCAGAAGUCUCGUUUUAUACUUGUUAAACGGAAUACAGUUUUUGGAAUAAUGUUUAAACAUUACUUUUCAUACUUGAAAUAAACAUUUAUUUUUUAAAAACUA